UUUCUUCGUAUGUAGUCAUCGUAUGUAUUCAUCAUGAAUAUUACUUUUGUUAAUUUUACUUUAAAAGUUAAUCACAACAGCCGCCCAUGUUAUGACAUCGUAUUACAUCCACAAUAGUAAUACAAAAACAAGCAAUAAACGUUUAAAUCAAUGAGUCAUCUUUUACAUAACUUUAAUUUUUUAUUUUUAGCCGUCUAGUAACGAAGACCAUAUAUGAUAUAUGCAUCAACCUCCUUUGAAAACACACUCAGAAAAAUGGAUACCGUAGGCACAACUGAUCAGAAGAAGCCUCAUGUUAUCUUUAUCCCACUACCAGCACAAAGUCACAUAAAGGUGAUGCUCAAACUAGCACAGGUUCUCCAUCACAAGGGACUCCAAAUAACAUUCGUUAACACUGAGCGCGUCCAUAAGCGUAUGCUCAAUUCUGGCGGUCUCCACUGCCUCGAUGGAUCAGCUGAUUUUCGAUUUGAAACUAUUCCUGACGGUAUUCCUCGCAAAUCUGAAGAUGACGACGGCUCAGACUUACUCCUGGAGUACGUUGAAACCACUUUCUUAACUCCUUUUCUUGACCUUGCCACCAAACUUCCAACCCCUCCUACUUGUAUCAUAUCUGAUGGCUUCAUGUCGGCUUUCACCAUCGAUGCUGCCCAAAAGCUUGGGAUUCCAGUUAUGCUCUACUGGACGUUUUCGGCUUGUGGCUUCAUGUGUCUUUACCAUAUCCAAUCGCUCGUAGAGAAAGGGCUUGCGCCACUUAAAGAUGAGAGCUACUUGACCAACGGGUAUUUAGAUACCAUCAUCGAUUGGAUCCCCGGAAUGGAAGAAAUCCGGCUAAAGGAUUUCAACAGCGUCAUGCGGACCACAAACCCCAACGACAAACAAUUUACCUUUUGUAUUAAUGCUACACAACAAUCCCACAAUGCUUCACACAAUAUCUUCCACACUUUUGACGCUUUGGAAACUAGUAUUGUCAAUGUUCUCUCGUCUAUGUUUCCUAAAGUUUACACGGUUGGACCAACACAGUUAAUUCUUAACCAGACACUAGAAGAAGAGAAAAAAACUGGAAUGUCGAAUUUUAAUGCAUACAGCUUGUGGAAAGAAGAACCCGAGUGUUUGCAAUGGCUCGAAUCCAAGGAACCAAACUCUGUCAUUUAUGUGAAUUAUGGGAGUUUUACAGUGAUGUCGUUACAAGAUAUUAUUGAAUUUGGUUGGGGACUCAUAAGUAGCAACCACUAUUUCCUAUGGAUAAUUAGAUCUGAUUUAGUGGUAGGUGAAUCCAUAGUAUUGCCUCCGGACUUUGAGGAGCAUGUAAAAAAGAGAGGCUUUAUAGCAAGCUGGUGUCCACAGGAAAAGGUACUGAACCACCCGUCGGUUGGAGGGUUCUUGACCCAUUGUGGGUGGGGAUCCACUAUCGAGAGCUUGUCGGCUGGGGUGCCGAUGAUAUGUUGGCCAUACUUAUGGGACCAAUUGACCAAUUGUAGGUAUAUAUGCAAGGAAUGGGAGGUUGGGUUGGAAAUGGGAAAGGAGGUGAAAAGAGAGGAAGUUAAAAAACUUGUAAAUGAGUUGAUGGGAGAUGGAGAUGACAAAAAGAGGACCAAAGCCAAGGAGUGGCAGGAAAAGGCUUAUGUAGCAACAGGCCCAAAUGGUUCAUCGUCCUUGAAUGUAAACAACCUUGUGGAGGAAAUUAUUAUGUUGUCAAGGAGUUAAACAUAUCUCCAGAGUUCCCAUGGGGUUCAAGUUGGAUUUGGGGUGCCAUUUCAAUGUAUAAUUGGAUGUCAUCUUGCCUUCUUUCUUUUGUUUAAAAAACUGUUUCAUCAUUUCACCACAAAAGAUGUAUUUACUAAUGAUCGAACGUUGAUUGUCUUUGUAUUAAUUAAUAAAUUUAUCAUGCCAA